AUGGCUUGUUCAGUGCAUCUCAUUCUCGUCCUCUUCUCCUUCCUGGCUUUGCUCUUCAACCCAACGUAUGUCUGUGGCAAUGAUGAGCUUAGAGCUCUGAUGGACCUGAAAUCCAGUUUGGAUCCACAGGGGCAGUUUCUGUCAUCAUGGACCAUGGAUGGCAACCCCUGUGCUGGUUCCUUUGAGGGAGUGGCUUGCAAUGAGAAGGGUCAGGUGGCAAAUGUUUCUCUGCAGGGGAAGGGCCUAUCUGGGAGGCUUUCACCCGCCAUUGCUGGACUUCAGCAUUUGACAGCACUCUACUUGCAUUACAACUCUUUGUACGGGGGGAUUCCAAGGGAAGUUGCAAACUUGACUGAGCUCAGUGAUUUGUACCUGAAUGUGAAUCAUUUGUCCGGUGAAAUCCCACCUGAGAUUGGCAAGAUGGAGAAUCUUCAAGUUUUGCAGCUUUGUUAUAAUCAGUUAACAGGAAGCAUACCUACACAACUUGGUGAUUUGAAAAAGCUAAGUGUUCUUGCUCUUCAGUCAAACCAGUUGGCUGGAGCUAUCCCUGCUAGUCUAGGUGAUUUGGGGAUGUUGAUGAGGCUAGAUUUGGGUUCUAAUAGUCUCUUUGGUUCCAUUCCCACUAAACUAGCCACUCUUCCUUCACUGCAAGUUCUGGAUGUACACAACAAUACUCUCUCUGGGAAUGUACCCACCGCCUUGAAGAGACUAGAGGAUGGAUUUGUGUAUGAACACAAUGUGGGGUUAUGUGGAGUUGGGUUUCCAUCCUUGAAAGCUUGCUCUGCUUCGGAUAAUGUCAAUCUCACUCGACCAGAACCUUAUGGAGCUGGAGUUGACAGUCUCUCUAGGGAUAUCCCAGAAACUGCUAACGUAAAGUUGCCUUGCAAUACAACUCAUUGCCAAAAUCCAUCAAAAUCCAAAAAAGCCACAUCUAUCACAGUUGGCGUAGUUCUAGUGACAAUUGCUAUAUCAGCAAUUGCCAUUUUAACCUUCACUAUGUAUCGCCGGCGGAAACAAAAGCUUGGAAGUGCGUUUGAUAUCUCUGAAGGCCGUCUAAGUACAGAUCAAGCCAAGAGUAUAUACAGGAAAAAUGGAUCUCCUUUGGUUAGCCUUGAGUACUCUAAUGGGUGGGACCCUUUGGCUGAUAGCAGGAAUUUCAACGGGGAUAAGCAAGAUGUGUUCCAGAGUUUCAGGUUCAACUUGGAAGAAGUGGAGUCAGCUACUCAGUAUUUCUCAGAGUUGAAUUUGUUGGGAAAGAGCAACUUCAGUGCAACAUAUAAAGGGGUUUUAAGAGAUGGAUCUGCUGUUGCUGUCAAGAGCAUCAGUAAAACUAGUUGCAAAUCGGAUGAAGCUGAAUUUUUGAAGGGAUUGAACAUUUUAACCUCGCUGAGAAAUGAGCAUUUAGUGAGGUUGAGAGGUUUUUGUUGUUCAAGGGGACGAGGGGAAUGCUUUCUGGUUUAUGAUUUUGUUCCUAAUGGAAACUUGACACGCUACCUUGAUGUGAAGGAAGGUGAUGGAGAAGUUCUUGAAUGGUCAACUAGAGUUUCUAUUGUGAAAGGGAUUGCUAAAGGUAUAGCAUAUUUACAUGCUCACAAAGCAAACAAACCAGCUCUUGUUCACCAAAAUAUCUCAGCUGAGAAAGUGCUCAUUGAUCAGCGGUACAACCCGAUGCUUUCAGAUUCUGGCCUGUACAAGCUUCUCACCAACGACAUUGUCUUCUCUGCACUAAAGGGUAGCGCAGCAAAGGGUUACUUGGCUCCAGAAUACACCACAACCGGCCGGUUCACGGAGAAAAGUGAUGUUUACGCGUUUGGAGUGCUUCUUUUCCAGAUCCUCACAGGAAAGCAGGAGAUCACAAGCUCAAUGCACCUUGCUGCAGAGUCCUUCGCAUUCCAUGAAUUUAUUGACCCAAACUUGCGUGGCAAGUUCUUCGAAUACGAGGCAGCUAAACUAGCAAGAAUGGCUUUACUUUGCUCCCAUGAAUCUCAAUUUGAGAGACCAAGCAUGGAAACCAUUGUGCAAGAACUGGGGAAUUGUAGUAGCUGUCUUUGA